GCCUACGUCAACUUAUAAUCCGUGUUGUCCCUCCUCUCGGGUUAAUGUGUAUAAUACUCCGCGCUCUUCUCGCGUCCGAAUCCCAAACCCAGCCCGUUAACCAGCCGUUUGUUCGUAUUCAUGUUAUAGCCUUGUUUAAAUUCUAAACGAGAAUUGUCAUUUUAUUCUACUUCAUCUAGUAUACAUAUAAUAUAUCUAUCAGCCAUGGAUUUCAGCCAGUGGGGUAAUCCCAGCAAAGAAUGGCUCGCCUUUGCAGCGGCAAACCCGGCGCUUCUGGCACGGAGCGACGACCAUCUGCCGCCGCUGGUUUUGCAACAGAAGACGAACCAUUCGCGUACCACAAUCGCAAAGACGCUCGUCGCUACUACAGGUCUAGGUAAUCUCGUGACCACAGAGGAUUACGUCGUCUCGACUCGGGAUGGGAAGUCUAUCACCGUGCGGAGUUAUCGGCCGAUCUUGCUAGGAUCAAAGCCGCUUCCCGGCUACGUAUUUUUCCACGGCGGGGGUUUCUUCUUCGGCGCAUUGGACACGGAGCUCUUCAACUGCUCAUGGUUGGCACACGCAUUGUCUAUGACUGUCGUACAUGUCUGCUAUCGUCACACGCCUCAUGUGAGCGGGCUGACACCAUGGCACGACGCCCUCGACGGCUUUGAGUGGGUCGCUACUCAUACGGAGAAGCUCGGCAUCGACCCGUCCCGUAUCGUUGUGGGCGGCAUCUCCGCGGGCGGUUCGCUCACGGCGUGCGUAGUGCAGAACGAGGUGCGGCGAGCGCGCGAAACCGGGACUCCUUGUCGUGUCCAGGGUCAGGUCUUAGGCAUUCCAAACUUGAUCAACGUCAACGCGUUUCCCUACCACCUCUUCACUGACAAAGAGAAAACAUCCCCCGAGCAGUGCGCUGAUGCCGCCGUAAUCCCUAGACAGCGUAUGAAACUCUUCACCGAUAUGCUGGGUAGCGAAGUCGAUCCAUCUGAUCCGACCUGGAGUCCUGGGCUUGUCGACGAAGAGGAGUUGCGAGGCACGCCGCACACGGCUGUUUUGGUUUCCGGCUGGGAUCCAAUCCGAGACGAAGGGCUGUGGUACGCCCAGAAGUUGAAGAAUGCUGGUGUCCGGACGAAAGUCCAUAUCUUCCCAGGUCUCCCCCACGCUUUCUAUGCUUUCGUGGGUUUGCCCUCGCACAGGCACUGGAACGAAAUUAUGCUCGAUUCCUUACGCUGGGCGGUGGCUGAGGAAGACGGCUGGAUCGUCGAGGAGCCUCCUGUGAUGUCACCGCUCAUGGAAAAGGCCUUGUCGAUCGGGGCCCCGGUAGACCCAACGACUCCCGGCGCUACUCCUGCAGAUAUGGCAAAGUCAGGAAACCUCCUUCGAGGAGAAUAAUGCUUCCCUCGAGGUUCUGCGGGGACGUACCUGGCAGGUCGGUGGAAUAGCAGUGAAACUCAGUCCAAACUUCAUUCGAAAGACGAGUUGCUUAUUC